GCUAGUUUUAACGAAUCAAAAGUGCUAUUUUUUGGAAGAGCGAAUUCUCUUUAAAUGCAUGAUAAAUAGUGCCUUGACGGUAUUCAAUCAAUGAAAUGAAUGUUACCAAAGUUGUAAUUGAUAGAAACACUGUGUUUCAAAUUAAAAACACAUAAAUGUUAAAAUCGGGCAUUGCAACGAUUCCGGAAACAUGAUUCAUUGUCGUGAAACACUAGUAAACAAGGGGAUAAAACACGCAAUAAUAAUGCGAUUUGAAUAGACAAUGCAAAACAGGGGCAGCUCCAAACAGGGCCCAACCAUGUUCUACUACUUUUUUGUUUACUUCCCAUCCCAUUACACACAAAAGCUACACAUCGGUGCAAAGCAGUAUCAGGAAGAAGUGCAAACGACUCGUCAGGAGUGAAAUUUCAAUUUACAUGCUACCGAUCCGCCACCCCCAAGGUCAUACAAUCUUUCCUCGAUAAUGGGAGGAUAUCCAUAUCAUGUAUUAAAGUUCGCACCGUCGUCGUCGGACUGCCCGCGACUUGAACGACCGAUCGGAAAAACGACGAACCCUCUUUAUGGUCAGUAUCGACCGACAUGCACCAAGAAUCGCAUGCUUCAGUUUAGUGCAGCGCGAUGUUGCUAUUAGCUUAUGCAUGGGUACAGACUACCGACGAGGAGGUGGUUUAUGCUCGCGGUGGCUAUGAAGACAACAACGACGACGGACGAUGUCGGGGAGGAGGAGCUUCGGGUCUCGCGCACACUGCCGAUUACUUGAAGGGGAAUCGCCCAUGCGGUUACAUGAUUUAGAAAAUGAUUUUCGCUAUUGUUUUCAGUUGAUGAAAAACGCUCGCUCGAAACGGUUUGCAAACGCGGAGAUCUCUCGUACAUCUUGUUGGAAAAACGCCUCAAGGAGGCAGAAGAACUUUGGAACCUCUUUCGGGAGGAAGCCUGAAUUGUGUAGUCACGAUGAUCCAUGAAAAGUGAAAAGGGGAAUUUUCUCACGGUGAUUAUAAGGAAUCGUUCAGUGUGGAAUAGUUUAAACGGGAUCGAAAGUCUCAAGGAUAUCAAUGAAAACAUAUGGAAAUGCAUGCUAAUGCAAUGCAGUGGGAAUGAUCGCAAAUGAUGUGAAAGGAUAUUCGAAAGUGAAUCAUAGUCGACUUUAGUGUUAAGGCAAAACAAGAAAUCAGUUUUAAAAAAAACUAGCAAAGAAGAAUAUUUUAAUGUUUUGUGAUUUAUUGGAUUUCAUUUGCCCGUCCAAGUUGACCAUAAAGUCGUCCAAGGAAGAUCAGCACCACCAGCAGAAGCAGCUGCUCCAGCAGCAAGGGGAGCCAAGGGAAGGACAGAACGAAUCCCAUCACUGUCAGCAGCCAAUCACGAAUCGUCAUGGAUUACAUCGGAUAUACAAUGAACAUUUGUUUAAUUCUUUUCAUGAUUUCCGUUACCGGCAGCCACUGCCAGUACUACAGCAACCGUGAUAUCAUUCUGACGCCACACCAGCUAAAGACCUAUCCGGGCAAGAUUUUGUACUACCGACCCCACGAGCUGCCGACCGGUCCGGGGGUUUUGGACAAUGUCGCUCCUGCACAGCAGGGAACCGGCCCCGCCGUCGCCACCAGUACCGCCGUGCCCUGGGAAGAGGUGCUGAAGGAAACCGUCUUCCUCGCGCUGAAUGAUAACAAAACGAGCGCCAAAUCAGCUGAUGGCACGACCACCAAACAACCAUUGUACAUUGCGCGGCAGCAGAAGGCCAUCUACGGGGCGCCCUACAUCGGUUCCGUGGACUUGAGCGUGCCUCGAUUUGGAGAUAUUGUGGAACUUUCCCGCGGCAGACUGGAGCAGGAACACGACGAAUCGUAUUUAUUCGUGCAGGAUGAUGCCGAUAAACCACAGUUCGACAGUGGACGCAACGUGAGUGCCUACUGGAAAGUAGAACGGAUUCGACACCGCGACGAACAGCGAGGACAUCGGUAUGAAUUGAAGUUUACAGUGACGCCGGUUCGCGAUUUGCAGUUGGACGAAAACGCAGUUGUCAACAAGAGUUUCAUCGUACGUGAUGAAGAUUAUCCCAGAUAUUUUGGAUUGGCAUCGCCGAAUGCGAUUCCCGUGAUGAAGAAGAAUGAUCAAUAUUUUGAACGUGCUGUGUUCGAUCCACUUUUUCCUCCAUAUCAUUCGUCAUAUCAGAGUAACAGAUACACCCGACCAACUCCAACGACUAUGACUUUGGGAGAGUUUUUGAUACAAUCUCUUUUAUCUGGCGGAGAAACAACUAUCAAGUCGCAAACUCAUCCGCACUACGGAUCCAACGGUUAUCGGUUCGGGUCAUCUUACAACAGAGUCAAGUUUCCGGAUGCGUACACUACGUCCAGCCAAACGGCUCCCAAGUACUACCAUCAUAUCCAUUUCCAACGGCCAUCGAUUGCCCCAUUGGCUCCGACAGCCCCUCCAAUGCCACCGAUGAUCAAGGAAGUUCAAACAGCCUCCAGCAACCUUCAGCAGGAUUAUGCUAAGCUGAUAGACUUCCGUGGAGGAAUUGAUAAUAUGGACUUGAGACCGAGCGCCGACAAUAACCUUCCGGUUCAACAACCUCAACCAAUGAUUCAAACCCCCAGAUAUCCUCCAAUAAUGGUACCAGUGCAACCAGCUCACAUCCAUCACUAUCACCACCACCAACAAGCAAUGCAGCAGCAAGCAAUGCCUCAACAACCACAACCUCAACCGCAACAGCCUCUAAUUCUUAGUCAACCACCAAACAAUAAUCCACCUCCUCUACAGCCUCUUCCUCAAAAUCUUGUCCAAUCGAUCCCAGUUUUCAACCCACAAGGACAGGUUAUGUUGAAUCACAUCCCAAUUGCUCCUAGUCAUAUGAUUCAGGUGGCAGCCCCACAAGGGCCCGUUGCCAUUCCUGUACACUUCCAGUUAAUACCGUCGCAGGGUCAAGUGUACGCUCCACAACAACCCGGGGUGAACGCUAUACCAAUUCGAAUUAUGCAGCAAGCUCCGGUCCACGUCUAUCCGGUCAAUCCUUACAUGGUACCACAGAAUCAUCCAGCACCAAUCCAUCCAAACCACCCAGAUUACACCACAACCAGACACCCCAAUCAAAGCAUCCACUACCCUCACCACCCGAAUAGCAUUCCCACCACGCUCAAAUUCCCCAACUACAAAUAUACUCCACAACCUUCGACCAGCCCCUAUGCUAGUCCAACUGUCGCAAACUAUCGCUACUCGUCCUUACCAACGAUCCAAGCCUCACCUGCCGGUCAACGUGAACGAUUCACCGCUUCCAGCUUUCGGCCCAUAUCCAGCACUCCCAUUUCACCACACCACAAGCUGGAACCGGAAACUGCCGGCAGCUCUCCGAUUGAUUCCUCAUCACCGAAGUUCCAAUCAUUUGGAUUAGAAAAUGCAGUCACUCCAAAGACAACCACGGUUGUUCCCAUCGCAACGGCCGCGGAUCAGGGCUUCACUCCGUCUGUAAGUCUUACUUCACCGGUUCACAGUGGAUUCUUUAGCAACUUCCUUGACGAAAAAGGAACUGUCAGCGAAAGCGGAAAACUCUACUCUGAACCAGAUCCACUGUACCAUAAUAGCAUUGGAACAACUCCCAUUUCCUUUACCACGCCUAUCUCUCCAGUAUCCCCUUCGGGAGCCUACACCCACACUUCCGGACCAAACUUCACUCCAAAAUUCACCUUGAAUCCAUCGUCCUACAAAGGAGUCCCGUCUCCAACUAUUGGUCCUCCCCAAAUAGAAACUCCAAUCUCAUCUACCUUGAAGAGUUACCACUACUUGCCUCAUCACGAUAACUACGAUUUCGUUCCAUCCAGGGUAGUAGAGCUAGCACACGUCAAGAAGAUUCCUAAGAAAUCUGGAGGUAAACGAAAAACCCAAGGCCAGCCAGGAAACCAAGCGAACCAUCAUCACGUAACUGUAACCAGCCAUAAGCCACUGAAGUUCAGUGAAGCACCAGACUAUGCCACACGGCGUCCAGAAUCUCAACUGAGUGUUCAGCUGCCUCCACCGGAAAAGGAUUUCAAUACCUUCUAUGGAACAGCUAAACAAAAUGCCAAAGUUCAGAAACCCAAGAACUUCGUUACACAGCCAUACUCGAGCUCAACAACUCCCUUCCCAACGUCACUAACCACUCCAGCAUCCUCAUCAUCCGCCAGCACAACUCCAACUCCUAUAACUACCACUCCUAGUGGGUCCACCACAGCCACAACAGAAAAAACAUUCACUCAGUUCCAACCGUUCUUCAAAAAUAAGAACGAGAAAUCCGACGACAUCAUAACCACUAUGCGACCCCGUCUGGUUAUCAAAACCGUCUACAAACCAUACCCCAGCUCAAGCUCUACAAACUCUGCCAGCGGAGGCUCAACUGAAAAGCCAGUUCUCAAAUGGAUCCCUAAACGUCCACGAAACAAGGGAAACACCAGCGCUGAACCCUCUUCCAGUUCCACAUCGUCAUCAGCCAGUAUUGAACAAGUUUCUGCCUCUUCUGAACAUUCGACCGUUGAACCAGUCCUUGCCAACAAAUCUUCGACUUCCAGUGGAACCGCACGCUCAAGUCUCGAAAACCAAAUGAACCGACUGCGGGCGUCUCGAGGCCGCUCCCGCUACACACACCGCCGCGUCACCACUCCUGGUACCCCCUCCGCUUCUCAACACCCCAUCGCCAAAGUGCAACGUAUACGGACAAGCACCGCAACGUCCACCUCCACCUCCACCAUAAAACCCAUCUCCGGAGUCACCUCGUCCACCUUCGACAGCAAUCGACUAUCCGACAAUCGCCCACCAACCGAGACCGAAGUUCACCAAGCUGAAGACGCUGCUGUCGCUCCACUUAGCCUCAAGAACGCUAGCAACGAAAAAUCCAAACGUGACACCGCCACCGAAGAAAACGAAAUCCUCGUUGCCGAGCCGCUGACUUCCAAGCUGUCCAACUCGAAAGAAAACAACUAUGAGAUGGUCAAGGCCGAAAUCAACCCAAUCCAGACGAACGCCACCAACAUCCUGCUGUUCGAAGCCAGCGAUGCCAGCAUCGGACCGACGGGAUCCUCCCUGCCGACCAUCAACGAGUUGACCAUGUCGAUCAUCAACCACGCACGGGCGAUCGCCAACCAAACGAUCAAACCGGAAGACAUCCAUGACAAAACGCUCCAAUCGAACGAAAUCAACCACAAGGAGGAAGAAACGACGAUUCCGAUGAGUGCGACAACGAUGGUCGCCAGCACGAACGAACCGGUGCCCGAGAGCGAACAGACGGAAACAACGGACAGCGGAGACAGCAACGACGGAACCGAUUCGACCGGAAGCAGUAGGAGCGAAACGACUGUUAGUGUAGAUAAUUAGAACGGGGACGAUUGCGAGUGAGUGUGUGUGAUCUAGUAAAAGCGAACGAACGAAAGAUAUUAGAUAAAGUAUAAGCAAGUGACACCAAAUAAGUUCUGAUAAGUAAUUUAUAACUAUUUAUACCUAAAUAAAGUACUGAACGAGACCAUAAGUGGAUUGAAAAAAAAACAUAAUGGAAACAAACAAAGAACUGAGAGAACCGCUGAAAUAAAACCGAUUUACAGAUGCGACGCGAUUCCCAUAAGUGGAACAAACAGCGACCAGCUUUUAAAAUGAAGAAAUUUGCAUUCUAACAACUAAGGUUUGCAACAAACAGUAAAUAAGAGCUGCUGAAACAUCAAUGGAAAGCAAAUUAGUUAUUUUGUUUAUGUCAAAAUAAAACAGUAAUUUAUGAUUUCUA